AGUUCUGCCUAUACUGUAAAACACAAUGCAUGAAAAGCUGCCAGAGAUGUAUGGAUGAAAACAAUUGUUUCCGUAUCAGUUCAGCAGAAGUCAUUGUGCUUGUUCAUCAGCUUUAAGCAUUUGAAUAACAACGAAAUGAGGGCGCCUGGUUUUAGUAUAAAAACCACAACCAGAGGCCAUCAAAGUACAGCUGGUACAGUGAACUGAAGCACUGAGAAAAACCCAACACCACCACAAUGGGCAAGAUCAUCUUUUACGAGGACAGGAACUUCCAGGGCCGCCACUAUGAGUGCAUGAAUGACUGCUCGGAUAUUUCUUCAUACCUGAGCCGCGUUGGCUCCAUCAGGGUGGAGAGCGGUUGUUUCGUUGCCUAUGAGCGCAAUGCCUUCAUGGGCCAACAGUUUUUCCUGCGGAGGGGGGAGUACCAUGACAUCCAGCGCAUGAUGAGCAUGGGCAUGAUGUUUGACACUAUCAGAUCCUGCCGCAUGAUUCCUCCAUACAGAGGAUCUUUCAGAAUGAAGAUCUUUGAGAGGGAUAAUUUCGGAGGACAGAUGUAUGAGCUGAUGGAUGACUGUGAUAACAUCAUGGAUCGCUUCCAUAUGUCCGACUGCCAGUCUUGUCAUGUGAUGGAGGGUCACUGGCUCAUGUAUGAGCAGCCUCACUAUAGGGGCAGAAUGAUUUACUUCAGGCCCGGAGAGUACAGGAGCUUCAGGGAUAUGGGAUACAGUAACAUGAGAUUCAUGAGCAUGAGGCGUAUCACUGACAUGUGCUAAACCUCCUAGAAAAUAGAAAUAAAUAAAGUCUUAUUUUCAGAAUUAA